UUCUUAAGGUUGUCGUCAUCAAUAUAAUUGAACCAACCCCCCACCAUUUCCAAGCUGUCGCUUAGAGCUUGGAGCAAAAGUACCUAAGCUAGCUCUUUUAAAUAUUAUUUUUGUUUUAAUAUUUUUUUCAGGGUCCAGAAGCGUCUGAGACCCUGGAGUCCCAAGCAGCCGGUAAAAAUUACGACAUUAUUAAUUGCCAUACCAAGCACUUGUAUUUUAACGAGAGACACCAACCGAAAAAUUUAAUUGUGCAGCUCAAAACUGGCUAUCCACACACAACGUCAAGAUGGCGCACGUGGUACGAGAGUUGGACUUGAAUGCCUGCUACGGACCCGGCUCCGUCAUGGACAAAAUGAAUGCGGUACCCGGUUUAAGAACUAGUACUGCAUUCUUUCUUUUCCUGCGGGCGAAUCUCGUCGUAAACCCGUCUGCCAUGUCGACACCAGAUAUGGAACCCGCGUCGUCAAAUCGGCUUCCACCACCUUCUCCGUCGCCGCUCGUUACAAUCGAUCCGCCAAGCAAUCCGGUACCGGAUGAUCUGCCUCCACUAUCUGUUGGUAUUAUGGAUAGCGAAUCUGACAAAGUGGACGCUUUGAACUUGGUUACCGACUCGAUAGCUCAGCAGCGACAAUCGGCCUCAUACCAUUUAAUCUUCCACCCAUAUCUAUUGGCGGUCCUAGCUGUCGCGCUUGGCAUCGCGUACCAAUGGUCAUGGCGCAUAAAGCGCGACCUUGGCACGGCACUCAUGUUGCAUUCCGGCGUUGUCAUGACCUACCUACUCGCCAUCCGCUAUUGCACGGGCCAGUAUAUUCAGGUGGCUGAGAAUAUGAAGUGGAAUUGGAUGGUAUCUGAGGAUAGCGAGGAAGACACCGUAAUCGGCGUGCGGUUCGGGAAGGACCUGAUUGGCGCCUUAGUGUUGCGACUCGAGCCGAACCCGAGCCUAGCCGGGAAGAAGCGAAGUCGAAAUUCAGUGCUUAGAGGGGGCAAGGGCGUGAUCCGAGCGUGGACGGUAAAGCUUAAGUACCGGAAUAAGGGCGUCGGUAUCGAUUUGCUUCACGAAGCCGUCAAGGUGACGAGGGAGAAGUGUGGAAGGGAUGCCGAAGUUGGAUUCGCGAAGGAACAUGCUAAUAGUACCAUGGUGCUACCAGAGGUUUUUAAUGGGUUGUUUAGAAAAGAUGAGCAAAGGGCGGCAAAGGCUCUAGAGAAGGUUCUUAGUGAAUGGGAAGGCAGCAAGAGGAGACGAAAACUCUAGAGAUAGAGAAGUAUGAUGGUAGAGGUAGAGAUAGAGGAGAGGUUGACUGCAUCGGCUGGUUGGCGUUUGGCGGCUACUUGUUUAACAGUGCUUGAUCAAUACCCCCGUUCGUUUAGAGUUCCGGUCAGAAUAAAUAAUAUACAUCGUUUUCCAUGAAAACGUUCAAUAA